UAUAGAACGUUUCUAGGGAUAUUCUGUACUAGUAAGGUUAUAUUUAAUUUAAGAAAUAUAGCGAUUGGUUAAUUCUCAAUACCUAACCUGACAAAGUUAAUCAAAAAGUCAAAACUAAAUCACCAAUCACGCGCAUCUUAAAUUUUCUUUGUUUCUUAAAUUAUUUUAAUGUAUUUCGUGAAUAUGUUUGACAACCCCGAUUUAUUGCUAAGAAAAAGAAGUUAUUUUGUGAUUUAGCAGGACCUUCAUAAAAAAAUACGUGUGUUAUUGUUUUAGAAAAAAAAUAUUUAAUAAUAAUUAUUGAGAAAGUGUACAUUUUUAUUUGUAUAUAAGUGCAAUGAAUCGCAAAGAAGAAAGAAGUGAAUCCGAAGAUGAAUGUGAAAAGUCCAGAAGUCCAUCAGUGAGUCCUCAAAGAUCCAAUAGAAGUAGAUCUAAAUCAAAUUCUGUCAGUUGUUCUCCACGGUCCAAUCAGUCAUCACCUGGACAACCGAGAUCACCAGCUUCUGUGAUUUCUAAUGCUAAUUCUAGAAAAUCAUAUUCUAGAUCACCUUCAAGAUCGCCAUCACGUUCGCCCUCGAGAAACCGUUCAACUUCACCAGCAUCUGUUAAAAAUGAAAGAUCAUCUAGAUCUAGUUCAAAAUCUGUUGAAAGAAGAAGUAAUUCUAGAUCAUCUUCUAAAUCUCCGUCACCAGAAAUUGAUGGGAAAGUUAUUCAAAGUGAAUCGCCACAUUCAAUACGUUCGGCAAAAUCUCCGUCAAGAUCAAGGAGUUCUUCUUUGGAAGAAUCUAGGAAGAGUCUUGAUUUAGCAUCGCGGGAAAAUUCACGCUCUAGAUCCAGAUCUAGAUCUAAAUCUAGAUCCAGAUCUAGAUCAACGUCGACUAAACGUAGCAAUCCGCUCUCUUCCCCAAAAGUGAAUUCCCGUUCCUGUUCCAGAUCACCUUCAUUGUAUAAAGCGCAUUCGCAAUCACCAUCCUGUUCCCCUUCUGGGUCUCCGAAAGCAGCUAUUAGAUCUCGAUCAAAUUCCCCAAAAUCACGAUCGCCGUCAAAUAGUCCGAAUCGAAAGUCACGCAGUAGAUCUAUAUCUUGUGAAAAGAAAACAUCACCUUCUCCAUCUUUGGAAGGGAAACAUUCGCCAUCGCCUGUUAGAAAUUCUCGAUCGCGCUCAAGAUCAAAAUCUCAAUCGAUAGAUAUAUCAAGGAAAGAUUCCCCUAAUUCACACAUCAGUACACGUUCGAAAUCUCCUAUAAGAUCUCCAGAACGUAAAUCUCAUUCACGAUCACGAUCACGGUCCAAAUCAGACUCUGGAUCAAGAAAGCAAUCACCUAGAGCAUCUUUGAAAGGAUCCGUAUCUAGAUCACCUUCAGCAGAACCCAAUCAAGUAUCACGUUCAAAGUCAAGGACACCAUCAGGUUCGAGGCAUGCAUCUAGAUCACGUUCGCGAUCUGGUUCAAGAAAAUCAAUGUCAAGAUCGAAAUCAAGAUCAAAUUCAAGAUCAGUGUCUGGAUCACGUAAAGGAUCACAAUCUCCAGCUUCAAGGAAAAGUUCCCAUUCUCGAUCAAGAUCUAAUUCUAGGUCGACUAAAUCUCGAUCUCGUUCCAGUUCAAAAGCAUCUAUUUCUAGAUCGCAUUCUGGAUCACGAUCGAAAUCGAGAUCCCCAUCAAAGUCAAAAUCCCGCUCAAGGUCCGUUUCAGGUUCGCCAUCAAGAUCACAUUCAAGAUCGCGUUCACCAUCACGUUCACGAUCGAGAUCAGUAUCCGUUGCCAGAUCUAGACACUCGUCCCGAUCUAAAUCAAGAUCAAGAUCUCGUUCAGCAUCAAAGUCUAAAAGAUCAAGAAGUCGAAGUGAAGAUUCAGAAAGUGCUGUUAGAAAAAGAAAUAGAGUUUUGUCCGACUCUGAGGAAGAAGAGGACGGUGUUAAAGCGACAAAAAAAUUAAAACAUGAAAUAACAGAUUCGGAAAAUGAAGCAGAUGAUGAAGUAACGAAAUUGAAAAUUGAAAAAAAUGAACAAGAGGAAGGUGAAGAAGAAGGGGAGAAUAAACAAUUUGAAGAUAGUGUAGCCAACGAGCAACAAGAAAACGAAGACUCUGACGAUGGAGUGAUCGCAGAUACAGGAUUGAGUAGCAGAUAUAUAGAUGAUACAUUGUCGGAUUUCGAUCGUAUGUUAGCUCGUAAGAAAGAAGAACAAUCACGAAGACGCAAGAGAAAGGAUAUUGAUAUAAUUAAUGAUAAUGACGAUAUCAUAGCUCAAUUAUUAUCUGAUAUGAAAACCGCAUCAGAAGAAGAUAGAAAAUUAAAUCAACAAAACAAACCAGCUACUAAUAAAAUUGCAAUGUUGCCCAAAGUGUUAUCACAACUUAAAAAACACGAUCUUCAGUUAGCUUUCUUGGAGCAUAAUGUAUUGUCAGUUUUAACAGAUUGGUUGGCACCAAUGCCUGAUCGAUCUUUGCCAUCUUUAAAAAUUCGGGAUAGUCUUUUAAAACUUCUGUGGGAAUUUCCACGAAUCGACCAAGCUUCUUUAAAACAGUCUGGUAUCGGAAAAGCUGUAAUGUAUCUCUAUAAACAUCCUAAAGAAACAAAAGAAAAUAAAGAACGAGCAGGGAAAUUAAUUAAUGAAUGGGCAAGACCUAUCUUUAAUUUGUCAGCAGAUUUUAAAGCGUUGUCAAAAGAAGAAAGAAUGCAAAGGGAUUUAGAACAAACACCACAGAAGCGAAGAAAAACAGAUGAUGGUAGUUCUUCUCAAAAAUCGCAAGAUAUUAAUAAAGCCUUAAAAGGAGAUGCUAAAUCAUUGAGACCUGGGGAUCCAGGUUGGGUUGGAAGAGCUAGAGUUCCUAGACCUUCUAAUAAAGAUUAUGUUAUAAGACCUGAUUGGAAGUCUGAUGUUGAUAUUAGCAGAAGCACUAAGAAACAAAUGAAUAGAUUUGAAAGGCACAUGAAAAACUACAUGGAUAGCAAAAGAAUAAAAGCAACUAGGAGAGCUGUAGAUAUAUCUAUUGAAGGCCGUAAAAUGUCUUUGUAAUGUUAAUAAUUUUUAGCUAUUAUAAAAAGAUGUACGAGACACAACAGUGUUGUAACUUUACGACACAGGAAUCAAUAAUUCAAAUACGAAAUAUAACUUACAAUUAUAAUCAAAUUUGUGCUUAAUAAAAAUAUUCGAUA